AUGGACUUUCAACACCCACUUGAGAAAGACUUUGUGCCUUCGCCAUUGUCAUUUGAUCGGGUGAUGGAAGGCAGGCGAAUUGCCGCAGAGGACAGUCGCCUGCUGAGGCUCCCGGUGGAGCUAUUGCUUUCUAUCGUUAGUUAUAUUGAAUCGGACAAGAACACUCUCGCCUCUCUCGCGCUCGUCAAUUCAGACUGCCGUCAGCUCGCACGUUCUUGCCAGUUCCGAACCGUCGUUUUUGAUUACAGUCAAAAGUCGAACGCCCUUCUUGAUAAACUUUUGGUUGAGACUCUGGAACGCCGUGAUUCGAAAGGCGGCCGUAUGAAGCGGCCAUCCCUAGGGGCAUGCAUCCGCUGCAUAAGGGCGAAGCUGAAGUUUGACUUGCAGACUCAGGCAACAAGACCUGAAAAGCGUGCCGAUAACUAUCCUGCUCCUGAGGAGGAACUUCGUUCGAUCAUGGCGAAUUGGAUUGAAGCAAUUGGAGACUAUCACACCAGAAGCAAAAGCUCUUUUGAUUCUACGUUGGCCCAACUAGUCCCUCUAUUACCUCGCCUCGAAAUCUUGGAUUUGCCGAAUCUAGUUGCAAUCGACAGCACAUUCCUGAAUCUGGUGGCGAACUCAAGAGUCAAGCAUCUGCGGCAUGUAAGGCUACAUGGAUAUAUCGGCUCGGACAUCACCAUGAUCCGAAUGGAGGAGGGCGCUUCCUGGCCACUUGAGAGUCUCGAUAUCGACAUCAGAUUGAGAUUCAUGGAUCAUGAAGCGCAUGAUUUAUACUCCUUUGGCUUCUGGGAUAGCCUAUUCCGAGCAUGCUCAUCCACGCUGCAAAGCCUAACGCUCAACCAAGAAAUACUGGUGGUAAAAGACCUGCAAAAAGGCAAAUUAGGCAAGCCGAUAACCUUCACCGCAGAAUUUCCCCGUUUGAAGUUUCUUCGUAUCGGGGCUGGCAUCAUUAUCUGCCCAUCUACUCUACAAAGGCUUUUGCAGAGUGAACAUCUUUCUACUUUGUUCAUUGAUCCAGACCGGCACUUGACAGCAGAGUGUCUGGAGCAGAUUGACCAGCUAAAGUCACUUCAAACGCUUGUUUGGUACGGUGAUAGUCCUCCUAUCGCUCGGCCAGCCACUGUACAUUUUUUGAAAGUCAGUCCUCAGCUGCGAGCUUUCGUUACUUACAUGGAUUUCUCUGCACCCUUCCAGCACGAGGUACUUUCUGCCCUUGGAACAUGUUCAAGUCUCAAGGUGCUUUCAUUGCAAUGGAGGGGUACUUCAAUCGACAACUUGUCACUUGACGCUCUAUCUUACCUCACGAGCCUGGAAGAACUACAUAUAAGUUCUGGUCAACGGUACGGAUGGAGGCAUGAAUGGUUUGUUGACCACGAAGUCAUACAAAAACGCCUAUGUACCUUGCACAGACUGAGAAAACUCAUCUUCACCCGUGACUCCUACCAAACCGACAACGGCCUGGAGCAAGCGCACCGUCGGCGUAUGGCUCAUCACGCGUCAAGGUACUCUCUUCUCUUCAAGCACCUGGAAUGGCUUCAUAUCGGUCAGCUAUCAUUUACCUUCGCCCCGGGCGAUGAUGGAAGGGUGCAGGAGUCAAGUGCCGAAAGAGACCCAUGGUUCUCAGCGCAGAGACAUCUGCUCGGGCGCUAUACGGGUAGCUUUAUAGCUCAUAAGAUACCUAAUCUUCCAUUUGGCCUCUAG